CGGGUCACGCGCUGUUCUCGCGAUAUUUCGGUGGAGGAGAUGGAGGGCUGCGGUACCGGAGCUCCGAGCGGCAAUAACAAACCCAAUAAAGCCGUGACACCGGGGAAAGGCCGCGCCGAGUUCACCCGCAGUCAGAGGAAAGAUUCUGAGGGGCUGUGUGAGGCUCCUGAUUUGGAGUUUGAGUACAGUGACUCUGAUAAGUGGGCGUGUGAAGUCUCAGAACUGUACAGUUACACUGAGGGCCCAGAGUUUCAGCUCAACAGAAAAUGCUUUGAGGAGGAUUUACACACACACAUGUGUGAGAAGCGUUGGGUGGACCUCAGUGUGUCGGAGCACCGUGCUCAUGCCUUGCGCUUGCUGGACGGAUUGGACGUGACCUGCAGGGUUAAAAGGUUAAAGGUCGCCAGAGCCGUGCUGUACAUGGCACAAGGGACGUUUGCGGACUGUAGCUCAGAGGUGGAGCUUCAGUACUGGGUGAAGUACAACGUGUUCCUGCUGCUGGAGGCUGGAACUUUCUCCGCUCUGGUGGAGCUGCUGAGCCUGGAGAUCGAUAAUAAUGCAGCUUGUAGCAGUGCAGUGAGAAAACCUGCCAUCUCCCUGGCAGACAGCACAGACCUCAGGGUGCUCUUAAACAUCAUGUAUCUGAUUGUGGAGACGGUUCGACACGAAGACCCUGCAGAUCCUCCAGAGUGGAGAGUGUUAAGGGAAACUUUUAAAACCGAGCUAGGCUCACCACAGUAUAACAGUGAGCCAGUCUCUGUGAUGCUCUUCGCCAUGGUAACUAAGUUCUGCAGUGGCCACGCCCCCCACUUCCCCAUGAAGAAAGUGCUGCUGCUGCUCUGGAAAAGCAUCCUGUUCACAUUGGGAGGCUUUGAGCAACUGCAGAGUCUUAAGGUGUGUAAGAGGGUGGAGCUUGGUUUGCCCUGUCUCCCUGAAGACAGCAUCAGAGUGAUGAAGAGCAUGAGGGCCUCAUCCCCGCCCACUUCAGCCUGUGACAUCAUCGACCAACAACAAAGACGCACACGCAGAGAACACAAGGCUCUGAUAAAGCAGGAGAAUCUGGAGGCGUUUAAUGAGAAGGAUCCCUUUAAGGCAGAGGAUGUGCGGGGGGAGGAGGAGGAGGAGAGUGAUGAUAAUGAGAAUACUCUGGAGGCGGAGUCUUUUCCUCUUGAGCGUGAUGAGGUCAUGGUCCCGCCCAUUCCUCACCCCUCCUCCGACAGAGUGUCCUUUCCUAAAGGGCUGCCGUGGGCUCCCAAAGUUCGGGAAAAAGACAUUGAGAACUUUUUGGAAUGCAGCAGGAGUAAAUUCAUUGGCUACACUCUGGGGAAUGACACAGACACAGUGGUGGGUUUACCUCGGCCAAUCCAUGAGAGCAUCAAAACCCUAAAACAGCAUAAGUAUGUCUCCAUAGCAGAGGUUCAGAUUGCGAGGGAGGAGGAGUAUCAGAAAACACCACUGUCUGGGGGUGAGGAGCAGAUGGAGCUGUGUCCCACUGAGCUGCUGUAUCAGGGGAUUUUACCCAGCCUGCCUCAGUACAUGAUCGCUCUUUUAAAGAUCCUGCUCGCUGCAGCUCCGACAUCAAAAGCGAAGACGGACUCCAUCAACAUCCUCGCUGAUGUUCUUCCAGAGGAGAUGCCGACGACGGUGUUACAGAGUAUGAAGCUGGGUGUGGAUGUGAACCGUCAUAAAGAGAUCAUCGUCAAAGCCAUUUCUGCUAUUUUACUGAUUCUGCUGAAACACUUCAAACUCAACCACGUCUACCAGUUUGAGUACAUGGCGCAGCACCUGGUCUUUGCUAACUGCAUUCCGCUGAUCUUAAAGUUCUUUAACCAGAACAUCAUGUCAUAUAUUACUGCAAAAAACAGCAUUACAGUGUUGGACUUCCCCUACUGUGUCCUGCAUGAACUGCCUGAGCUCACGGCUGAAAGCCUGGAAGCUGGAGAUAAUAAUCAGUUCUGUUGGAGAAAUUUGUUCUCUUGCAUUAACCUGCUUAGAAUCCUCAACAAACUCACCAAGUGGAAGCACUCCAGGACUAUGAUGUUAGUGGUGUUCAAGUCAGCUCCGAUCCUGAAGAGGGCGCUGAAGGUGAAGCAGGCCAUGCUGCAGUUGUACGUGUUGAAGCUGCUGAAGGUCCAGACGAAGUAUCUCGGCCGUCAGUGGAGGAAGAGCAACAUGAAGACCAUGUCCGCUAUCUACCAGAAGGUCCGACAUCGCCUCAACGACGACUGGGCGUACGGCAACGCAGAUCUGGACGCACGGCCGUGGGACUUCCAGGCGGAGGAGUGCUCCCUGCGUGCGAGUAUUGAACGGUUUAAUGCGCGGCGGUACGACGUGGCUCAGCGGAACCCGGACCUGGUGCCGGUGGACAACUGUCUCCAGAGUGUCCUGGGUCAGAACGUCCCUCUGCCUGAUGACUUUCACACCAACUACGACCUGUGGCUGGAACGUGAGGUGUUCGCUAAGCCCAUCUGUUGGGAGGAGCUUCUCCACUGAGGGUGGGGUCAUCACCACAGUGGGUGGGGCUUCUGCUGUGAUUGGCAGGUGGUGGUUCUGCAUCACUCACAUCUUUUACUACACAUUCAGGACACUGAGUCACUACUCCUGUUUACUCUGUGGGACCUGUGUGUGUGUGUGUGAGAGAGAGAGAG